AUCUUCAGGUGAAGUCUCCUGAGAGAGUGACAGAGGGAGAUUCAGUCCGUCUGACAUGUAAAAGCAGCUGCACUCUGACUGACAGAGCAACAUUCAUCUGGUACAGAAACUCACAGCCAUUAACUGAGAGAAGAGACAGAAACAAUGAACUCCUGCUGCAGUCAGUCAGAAGAGAGGAUGCAGGCAGAUAUAGCUGUGCUGUACACGGACACAAUCACACCUCUCCUGCUGUUGAGCUCAAUGUCAUGUAUCCUCCAAAGAGCGUCUCAGUGUCCAUCAGUCCAUCUGGUGAAAUAGUGUCAGGAGAUUCAGUGACUCUGAACUGCAGCAGUGAUUCAAACCCUCCUGCUCUGAACUUCAGCUGGUUCAAAGGAGGAACGUUUGUAGGAUCUGGAAGAAUCUACAACAUCUCAAAGAUCAGGUCUGAUGACAGUGGAGAAUACAAGUGCAGAUCCAGAAAUAAACAUGGAGAGAAAUACUCUGAUGCUGUGACUUUAAAUGUCAUGUGUGAGUUAAUGAUCAUCUGCAUAUUGUUCAUAUAUAAAUUCAUAAUUUUCUAUUAUUUAUUUAUUAUUUGUCUGUUAUUAGAUCCUCCCAGGAAUGUCUCAGUGUUCGUAACUGGAUCUGGUGAAAUAGUGUCAGGAGAUUCAGUGACUCUGAUCUGCAGCAGUGAUUCAAACCCUCCUGCUCUGAACUUCAGCUGGUUUAAGGAGAAUGAAAGCUCAGCUGUUGGAUCUGGACAGAGUUUCAGUGCACUACAGAGUGGACGCUUCUACUGUCAGGCUCACAAUCAACAUGGAUCUCAGAGAUCAGACGCUGUAACUGUCACAGUUCAUCAUGGUGCUGGUAGGAAUGUGAUUGUGAUCGCAGCAACAUCUGGAGGAUUAUUCAUCAUCAUCAUCAUCAUCAUCACCAUCCUGUUUAUAAUAAAGAAACGAAGGAGUGAUAAAACUGAAGAUCUCACAGUGACACAGCACCUGAUCUGGAAAGUUUGA